AUGUCGGAUACUACACCCGAAAAAGGUCUGGUUGAUAGUGUAUCGCCUAGUGCCAGUAAUGGUUCUAAUACAAACAAUCCAUUAAAUAACAGUAGUCCGCAACCCCUCAAAUCUAAUGAAUCUGACAAAAAACCAAAAGUCACGAGAAGAUCUGUGGCAUGCAAAAGUUGUCAUUCGUUGAAAGUUAAAUGCACACCCUCAGAUCCUAAUAAUCCAAGUGCACCCUGUGUCAGAUGUAUUAAUGCAAAUAGAAUUUGUGAAAUCGAUUUAAAUCAAACCAGAAAAAGAAGAAAGAAAUCAGAAAUUUUGGAAGCGAAAAGACAGGCGGGACAGAGUUUACCAGAACAUAAAAAAGAGAAAAAUACACCUACUCAAUCGGGCUACAAUAGUUCUGAAAAUUACAGCAGUAGCAUUAAUAAUGCAAAUGAUUCCCUGUUAACGUCUAGAUAUCAGUCGCCCAUGACUUUUGAUCCCACAUCUCCAAUGGUAUUUAGACCUCAAGCUAGCUCUGCUGUACCACCAAUUUCAAGCAAUCUUAACCCACAGUCAGCGGCUCCAACACCAAUACCAACAUCAGGUAUCCCACCUCAAUUACCUUCACCACAUGAAUCUGCAAUAUUGAGGGGAAAUACCACUUCACCAACAUCAAAGGAUGACGAAAUCAACCAAUUAAAACAGAGAGUACGGUUUUUGGAGACCGAGUUAGCCAAUAAACGUUUACUUGCAAACAAAAAAGGUUUUAGCAAUGAUUCGCCAACAGAUUUGCAAUCACCACCCUUUGUUUCGAAAUUUGAUUUGGAGAGUGAAAUAAGCAUUUUGGCAGAAUCUUCCGCUAGAUUAACCGAUUUAACUAAUCAAUUAAAUGAAGCAGCAUCAAGAAGAAUCCAGUUAGUAUCUGCCAAGAAACCUGUGGACUUGAUUUCCAAAGGGGUAAUCACUGUUGCUGAAGCGGAAGAGAGAUUAAAACUUUAUCGUGAACAGAUAUAUGGUCGACAUCCAUUAAUUGCAAUACCUGAUAACAUGCAUGCUAUAGAAUUUCUGCAAAGCCAACCGUUUUUAUUCAACAGUAUCAUGUCUGCUUGUAAUUUGAUAACUAAAAAUGCCGAUAAAGAUGUUGUAUUAGCAAUUGACAAUGAAGCAAUGACGUCUGUUGCAGUAGAAGUAAUGGUUGUUGGUACAAAAUCAGUUGAGCUAGUGAAAGCUUUUCUGGUACUAUGUUUGUAUUAUAACUCACCUGAAUUAUUCAAACAACGUCGGUAUCACAUGUUGAACACAAUAUGUGUUUCUUUGUUGCAUGAUGUGGGAAUCUUUGCCAGACCAACUUAUUCAUACAAUCAAGCUGACGGGACACUUAAACAAGACGCAAGUUCUAAAGACAAGGGUAAUGAUGAAUACCGUGAAUUGGUAUUAAUUACUUAUUUUGUCACAGUGAGCACAUGUCUUGUGUUACGGAGAUCUAUUUAUGCUAGAUGGACACCAUACGUUGAAGAAUGUUGUUCUCUUCUUGAAAACUCACUGCAAGAGAAACACAGACGUUUGGCACUAUUUGCUCGAAUGAAUAACAAAUUGGAUAAAAUCCAUCACAUUGUCCAUGCACCUGAAAUGCCUGGACAGAAAUCAGGAGUAUCGCAAUAUGUCAUCCAAGAAUUACAACGUUUAUUAUCGGACUUGAAAUUGAAAAUUAAAGACAAUCAAUAUUCACUAUUAUCGUACUAUUAUUCUAUUGAGGCAUAUUUACAUGAACCAAUAUUGACUAAAGUUUUCAAAAGUGAUACUGAACUUGAUGGGAAAGCAAUGAAAUCGAUACGUUACUGCACAAGCUCGUGUUUAAAUGCAUUAGACGAGUAUAGUAAGCUAACACCUGACCAAAUUGCAUUAUUGCCAUUCCCAUUUGGAUCGAGAAUUAUGUAUACAGCAGGUAUGUUGCUUCGUUUGCGGUAUCUUAUCUUGUCGUUGCCAUCUCAUAUUGAUAAAGAAUUAGUUCCUAAACGAGCAGUAACGUCAAUCCAAUGUGUUAGUAAAUUAGUGGAACAAGCAAAUAUUUUGAAUCCUCAUAAUCAUUACUUGACAAAGAUGAGACUAGUUUUACAAUUGUUUAUUCAAACGUAUGCUACUCAAGUACUUGAGUUGUUAAGUAAAAAUGGGAAUACACCGCAGAACUUCAAACCUGAUGAAUCUGAAACACAACAGUUGAGAGCAUUAGCUCGUGAAUAUAACGAUAUUCGGAAAGUCAGCAAAGUCUCGUUAGUUUCAGAUACAAGAAGUGCUGAACCAUUGGAUGUAUUGUCGUAUGCAGCAACUUUUAGACGCGAAAACAAUGAUAAACCUAGUGCUGUUGCCGGUUCUUUGAGAAAGUCAUUUUCAGAGAAUGAUCAAGCUAUCAAAACACCAUCUCAAUGUGGACAAUUUGUAUCAGCAAACAACACUCCAGUGCCACAGGUAAUCAAUUCCCCUCCCAUUCUGCAAACAAAUGUACCCGUGCUUCAUCAAUCACAGUCAAUAAUAAAUGGCAAUAAUAGAAACAGUGCUCCAUUGGCUUUUAAUAAUACUACCACCCCUUCCUUACAUCAAUUUGGAGAUGUUUUACCCCCUUCAUCCAUGCCCCAACCAGACUAUAGGCAAUUUAGAUUACCAUCGAUAUCGAACACGGUGCAUUAUUCUUCCAAUCCAAGAUUGAAUGCCAAUUUAGCAAACCCUGAUCAAUUGGAGAAUUCAUAUCAAGUGUUAAACGAUGAGUUUUGGUCAAAUUUGUUAAGUACGGACUCUACUGAUCGUAUCAAUUUCACAAGUAAUAACUUUAAUGGUAAUACCAGUAAUGAUGAAGUUUUCUUCAUGAACAAUUAA